AUGUCGCAGGCACUUGUGCCGCUCAGCUAUAUCCCCGACCAGCGCCUGAUUAAUCUCGCUGAGCUGACCCCAUACAUCUUAUGUUCCAUUUGCAAAGGUUAUCUAAUAGAUGCAACAACCAUUACUGAAUGCCUUCAUACCUUUUGUAAAAGCUGCAUUGUAAGACAUUUUUACUACAGCAACAGAUGUCCAAAAUGCAACAUAGUAGUACAUCAGACACAGCCGCUAUAUAACAUAAGGUUGGAUCGACAGUUACAAGACAUAGUAUACAAAUUAGUGAUUGAUCUAGAGGAAAGAGAAAAAAAGCAAAUGCAUGAUUUCUAUAAAGAAAGAGGUCUGGAAGUACCUAAACCUGCUAUGCCCCAGACUGCCCCUUCAAGCAAAGGAAGAAGUAAGAAAGUUCUAGAAUCAGUGUUUCGUAUUCCACCUGAACUUGAUAUGUCUUUAUUACUGGAAUUCAUUGGUGCUAAUGAAGGUACAGGACAUUUUAAGCCUUUGGAAAAGAAGUUUGUCCGAGUUUCAGGAGAACCAACUAUUGGGCAUGUAGAAAAAUUCCUCAGAAGAAAAAUGGGUCUUGAUCCAGCUUGUCAGGUGGACAUCAUCUGCGGCGAUCACCUGCUGGAGCCGUACCAGACCCUGCGGGAGGUGCGGCGGGCGAUAGGCGACGCGGCAAUGCAGGAUGGUCUGCUUGUUCUUCAUUAUGGUCUUGUGGUUUCUCCUCUGAAAAUAACUUGAAGAGGCAAGUUGUGUUUCGAGGAGGGCAGAAGGCGCGGCCUCUGCAGGACUGCAUCUCACCAAAGACUUCGGCGCAGCACCCACCGCUUCAUGCUGUGCAGACGUAGCUGAUCUAUUUUUAGUACCAGGAUACAAUGUGGGACAAAGGAAUGCAUCGGUUUAAUUAUUAGAGACUAUAAAAAGCACCAGAGCUCAGGGGAAGUUUUUCAAAACACUGCAUUUUAAAAUUCUUGUGAUUCCAUAUACUUUGACAUAUAUUUUUGCUUCAUGUCUUUGAAGUAAAUUGGUUACCGUUUUCUCCUGUCGGGCGCAUCACUGUUAGCUCGGUGGCUGGGUCGGGGUCCUUGUGGGAAAGGAAGCAUGCUGCGGCCGCAAGGCUCAGAGCAGCUGCGCCCGGCCAUCGGGCAGGCGCACACAAAGGGCUGGGCCGUUUGCGCGCCUGCGUGUUGCUGCCCUCGUGUGAACUUGUGCGUCUCUGGCAACGUGGCAGCGCAGGUUUACUCAGCUCUAAGACAGACAGAUUUCCAUGUGCUGUGUGAAGAGACUAUUUCCUGUAGGGUCUGUCACCCACGCCAAAAGCCUUCAGUGUAAUAAAACAACAUAUUUUACAGUAAGAGGUGCUUAUUUGUGAUUUUAUUUUUAAUUUAUGUGCAUACAUACUAUGGUUGUUACAUUAUAAUUAAUGACAGUGCUUUUGAAAGUAGUAAACAAGGUGUCAGAAGCUUACAGAAUACUUGUUUCCGCAGUAAAACAGCUUAACGUUCAUUUUCUCAUUUUUCACUAGGAUAAAGAAUAAGGGUGUUUGAGAGCUUUCAUGAAGAGUUCAGUUUUAAACAUUUUGCCUAAAAGUAGCAUUUCAGUGCUUUCUAAAAAAAAAAAAAAUUAUAACCUUUAUUUCACAGCGGAAUUACCAAAUCUGUAUAGAAACUUACAAAACU